GAAGUCAGUGUGUACAUCGAACUCAUCUAAAAUGAACGAAACAGAAAGUUAUGAUAUUCAUGAUAAUACGACAUUUGUGAGUCAAGAUUUAAACAAUGUUUUUCUUAAUCCACAUUUACACAAUAAUACACAGGUUGGCUGGUGGAUUAACGUUGCUUGUAUACCUUCCGUUACAGGAUUGGGAUUAUUCUUAAACUUCUGGAUCCUGUUCUACCCACCUUAUCCCUUUACUCUACCCAGAAUCCUCUCCGUAUCAGAUAUGUUGUUGUUGUUGUUGUACUGUUGGGACUGUACACCACCAGGACUUGACCUACCGCCGCAUAUGUACAUACCUGCCAGCGUGUACACCAAACCCUUACUGGAGGGUUUGCAGACGUUUUCAACCUAUUUGCUGGUCAUAUUCAUAUCCAUCAGGUUUCUCAGAAUGAUGGAGCACGCUGAUUAUGGAUAUAUCCGACCUGUUAUAUAUUCAUUAUUCCUCUCACUUCUCAUAUUUAUUCCUGAUAUCUUUACUUAUGAAACACAGGAGCUGACAGGCGCAGAAAUAAGAGAAUAUCUCAAAAUCACGGAACUGGAGGAAGUCAAAUUUCAAGUCGAAAUGAAUGUCGUCGUCCGCUCAACACAGUUCAGCCAUGAUACAAACAUAGAAAACAUUUUCCUGCUCUUUAGAUUUCUUGUUCUGCAGAUAACUCCUGUCUGGAUUUUGAUUAUUAUCGGACUGUCCGCUUACUGGCGGAAAACUGUGAAUCAACGGCUCAGACGAAGUUCUGAUCCGGUACCUCUUGCUCUUUCUCUUCUCUUCCUGGUGCUGAACCUACCGGAGCUCUCCUUCUACCUUCUCAUCAUACUCAAGGAGAUUCCUCAUCAGAACCUUCUCAGGGUUCUACCACUGCUCCGGGUACUGGUGUGUACAGGGAAACCCGUGAUCUAUCUAUUCUAUGAGUCUGGAGCUCAACUCAGAAAAUAUGUAAAACACAAACAAAUGAAACGCGAAGCUUACUAGAUCUUGAAAUUCUGAGCAAAAUUGUCAAUGCAAUGAUAAAUGGGAAGACGACCUGCAGGCAAUAUUUAACUGUACUCGGUGUUGUUAAAAGGCAAACAAUUUCAGUAGAAGCUUUAAAAUCUACCUUUGAGUGAAAUAGUUUGUGCACAGUGCGCCAUUGCUGUGUUUAUUAUUCAUUGAAAUCAAAACUUAAUUUAGUCUAAAAGUCGUCUUCCUAUUCCACAGUUUUCUUGUUAUUACUGUACACGACGAGUUAACCCACAUAGGAUGAAAUUUUGAUAAGGAACUUAAACUUGAAAUCUCCUGCUCAAUUUUAGUCCAAAUGGCGGGGAGGGGGGGCGGGGGGUUAGUCUAAUUAUUUGACGUUGAAGUAUCAAAAAUUUGAAUAAUUUCACAAGUUCUUAGUAAAGAGAUUAAAAAAGAUGUCAGAUAAAAGGACGGAUAAAAUCUUGUACUGUCGUCUUUGAAGUUUCAUCCUUUGCGGGUAAACGUCACUAUAAACCGUAUUUGUAUUAGACUCGAGUAGGUGCUAGAAGCUGUUUAACUGUAAGUGAAGAUGAAGUUCUCUUCAAGUACCCUUUUGUAAAAUAUUUUCAACUCUUACAUAUUUAACGAUGGCAAUGUUUAUGAGAUUUCCAAACUGAAGUCUCUGCUUUGUGUUCUGAAAUUUGACGGAGACAUGUUUGAACAUAAAAACUGACUAAUCGCAACCAACUCUAAUUUUUUAAUCCCUAUAUGUUUUCAACCUGAUGAGUGAUGUCAUUGACCUUUCAUAUUUCUAACCAUGAAUAAUUUGAGAUCUAAUAUUUAAAGUUCACACUAUUUUGUUGCAAAGAUAAAGAUAAGAUUAGAAAA